AUGGAGAUAGACGAAGCUUUAGUAGCCCAGUUUUCAGCAAUUACUGAUUGUCCCAAACGAAAGGCGGAGACUUAUCUCCGCGUCUCAGACAUGAAUCUUGAGCAAGCUAUACAGCUUUUCUUUGAGACCGGAGGUGUCGAUAUGGAUGUUCCUGCUAGCACUUCUACACCUAGUGCACCCCCGCUCCCUGCGCGACCCGUCACCGGAGCUGGCGGUGAACUGAUCGAGAUUGACGACGAUACAGACGAAGAUUUGAGGGAAGCUUUGGAAGCAAGUGGUGGGAACGUUUCUGCCUCUACAGGCGGGGCUGCUGCAGCAGAAAGUGCCGCCUACGACGACGAGGCUUUGGCAAGGCAGUUACAGCAGGAGUUUUAUGGGGGUGGGUCAGGUGAAAGUAACGGCGUUAGAGCACCGAUGGCAAGGACAGUGGAGACUUUGGUUGAUGAGGAUGAUGACUAUUACUCUGACCCAAGGCGGCGGACUGGCGCACGGAGAGGAGGUCCAGGGCGUUCAAUCUUCAAUCAGCACAGUACUAGCGUUUGGGACGAAAGCGCUGCCGACCGCGCUAGAUUAAUCGCAGAGUCUACAGGUGGCGCAUCAGAAGCAUCAGCAAAAUCAACCAAAUUGGCAGAGAUGUACCGGCCCCCGUUCGAAAUAAUCUCGAUGCUGUCCCUAGAGGACGCCAGGUCAGAAGCCAGAGAAGCAGAGAAGUGGAUCAUAGUAAAUAUCCAGGAUAAUUCGCUUUUUGCAUGCCAGACCUUAAAUCGUGAUAUUUGGAAACAUCCAGAGGUUAUGGCCACUGUUAAGGAGAACUUUUUGUUCCUGCAAAUGGACCGACAUGGUAUGGAUGGAAGGGACUACAUUAGAUACUACCUUCAGAAGGCUGCAGACCCAUCAGCGCGGUUCGACCCAACAAUCGCCGACCUAUUCCCACACAUUGCUAUUAUUGAUCCCCGGACAGGAGAGCAGGUCAAGGUUUGGAAUUCGGCUCCAAAGGAGCCGAUGGAGUUUGUGAUGCAGCUACAUGAGUUUCUUGAACGAUACUCUCUAAGGGUGGAUGCGAAGAAUCCCGUACAGCGCACCAGCAAACCCAAGGCUAAUGUCGAACACAUGACGGAAGAAGAAAUGAUGCAGCUCGCCAUGGAGAACUCUCUUAGCGCAGGCACCAGCACAGAUGCCGACCCGGACACACUCACAAAGCACGAUGAUGAUGACUUGAUGGAAAUCGGGAGUUCAAAUGAUAAAGGGAAGGGGGUCGCCGAGGAGCUCUCAGUGUUUGAUCAAAUUCGUGCAGAUCGUCACCAUGCGGAGCCGCCCCCAGGACCAGAGACUACAAGGAUCCAGUUCAAGAUGCACGAUGGAACCCGUGUUGUGCGAAGAUUCCUCCUCAAAGACCGCGUCGAGAGGCUGUUUGAGUACGUCAAGGCGGAUAUGCUGCCUGAACAGGAGGCCAAGAAGCCAGUCGAGGAGCGGUCGACUACAGCCAAGGAGUUUGAUCUUGUGAUAUUGGGCAAGAAGUUGAUUGACCACUUGGACCAAAGCGUUGACGAAGCUGGUUUGAAGAUGGCAACGGUGAUGGUUGAAGUAAUGGAUGACUAG